AAAAUAAUCAGUGACGUCACUCAACGGGUUUUUGCACGUAAAAGUCGGAAUCUUGGUUUUGUUGACGGACGGUAAUGUUCCAAUCUGAGCACUUUACUAGUUUGACACACUGACAGGUGGCCAAUCAGUGUCCUUCACUCCGUUAUCAGUCGGGCUGGAUUCAGCCAAUGGGCUCUAUGGAUGGGCCUCGAUCGUCUUUCGGCUGUAGUCGGUCACUCGCCUUGCUUCACACCGAUUCUGGUGAUUUCCCGAACUCAUCGGGUUCGGUAAAACGACAUCCUCGGAGCCGGGUUCGGGAAAGGAAAGGGGARUAGGCAUCCGGCUCGGAGAGUGGCCACCUUGCACGGUGCGAAAACGGGGUAUUUGCGCUGGGGAGAGGCGUGGGGCCUCGAUCGGCGGGGGCUGCACGGAGGGACAGGCGGGGACAGACGAACCGACCGAGUCGGGCUGGAUGCGCUGGACUCGGCCCGGAGCGCUGCGGUUCCAGCCAAGCACCAUACCACAGCCCAAGACAGAAAGACGAGACACGGACGUCGCUGUCUCCAUUCCGGACUAUAACACCAUUUAUUCUMUUUAUAACGGGUCUAUACUGUAGAGGAGAACAGGUGAGCUCACUGCCCGUCUAGACUGCAGCUGUCAAGCUAUUUCAGUCCGGACCGACUGGUUUUGGGAGAACGAACGGACCGACUGCUGGACUCAGCUUGGACCGGGUCCUGGAGAGUCCAGGGCGGGUUGUGGAGCUCGGAUCGCCCGCUGACGGCCUGCCAUCAUGGGCAACGUGCCCACGGCCAAGAAGGGGAGCGAGAUGGAGAGUG